CUAAAGCCCCUUGAGGCAACAGCUGUAGAGUUCAGUAGUAUCAAUGUCUCUCGUAAGCACUUCCUUCCCCAGUCAUUCCUGAACUCGAUGUAUUCGUCGUCUCCUGAUGUAUGACGUUGCCCCUGGACCUGGCCGCGCGGUUACGCACGCAACUCGGGCUCGACGACAGAACAGAGGAAACAGCAUAUACCCCACAACAACCCCAAGAAGAGGCCCAAUACAAUGGAGACUCUGUCUGCAAUCCCUAAUAACGCUUCGACAAUUACUCCUCACGAAGUGAAGCCAAUUGGCAAAGAUACUUUGUCCGCGAACGGUGCGGCAAAGGACUCGGAGGACUUGUACACAAAGUUGAAGAAGCUGCAGAGGCAUCUGGAGUUCUUGACGUUGCAGGAGGAAUACAUCAAAGAUGAACAGCGAAACCUAAAACGAGAACUCGUGCGUGCCUCCGAAGAAGUCAAGCGUAUCCAAUCCGUACCACUCGUUAUCGGUCAAUUCCUCGAGCCUCUCGACCAACACACCGCAAUUGUCGGUUCCACAACCGGCUCCAACUACAUUGUCCGCAUCCUCUCCACCCUCGACCGCGAACUUCUCAAGCCCUCCGCAUCCGUCGCUCUCCACCGUCACUCAAACGCACUGGUCGACAUCCUUCCCCCGGAGGCCGACUCAAGUAUCGCCAUGAUGGGCGCAGAUGAGAAGCCCGAUGUGAGUUACGCCGAUGUUGGUGGUUUGGACAUGCAGAAACAGGAAAUCAGGGAAGCUGUCGAGUUGCCCCUCACCCACUCCGAACUCUACAAGCAAAUCGGCAUCGACCCCCCUCGUGGUGUCUUGCUUUACGGACCCCCAGGAACGGGAAAGACGAUGUUGGUUAAGGCUGUUGCAAACUCCACCACCGCAGCCUUCAUCCGCGUUGUCGGUUCCGAGUUCGUGCAGAAGUAUCUUGGAGAGGGACCACGUAUGGUCCGUGACGUCUUCCGUCUCGCGAGGGAGAACUCCCCUUGUAUUAUCUUCAUCGACGAAAUCGACGCUAUCGCAACCAAGCGUUUCGAUGCUCAGACUGGUGCAGACCGUGAAGUCCAGCGUAUUCUUCUCGAAUUGUUGAACCAGAUGGAUGGUUUCGACCAAACUUCGAACGUGAAGGUCAUCAUGGCCACCAACAGAGCAGACACCCUCGACCCUGCUCUUCUCCGUCCCGGUCGUUUGGAUCGUAAGAUUGAGUUCCCAUCCUACCGCGACCGUCGUCAGAAGCGUCUCAUCUUCUCUACGAUCGCCGGAAAGAUGAACCUCUCCCCCGAGGUCGACUUGGAUACCUUCAUUUUGAGACCUGAUGGAGCAAGUGGAGCGAUGAUUGCUAGUGUGAUGCAGGCUGCUGGAUUGAGGGCUGUUAGGAAGUCGAGAUAUGUUAUCAUUCAGAGUGAUAUUGAGGAGGCGUAUCAGGAGGUUAUCAAGCCGGAUGAGUCAGACAGGUACGACUUCUACCGGUAA